AUGUCGAAAUCGGGAACAAUCUUUUUGGGGGAGAUUGUUGAAGGAAUCGGUGUAAGGUUCGCGAUUUUAGAAAUUGGUGAAAUGGGCAGGUUGAUUCAGAGGCUUGUUCACCAGAUACGCCGCUUUGUUCAGUCGCCGCCGAGCCUGUCAUUCCUCUCUCACACAAACUUCACUCCACAGCUGGGUAUAAAAGGGCUCUGUCUCCAUUUUCCUCAAGAGGCCAACCAUCGAAUGGGAAAUAUGUCUAAAGAAAAGAUUGAAGAUCCAAAGAGUACGGAAAAUGUCUCUGUUGAUGUAAUUGAAUAUGCACGUGACAAGGAAAAAGAAGUAGUUGCAAAAGAGGAUCCGGAUGCAACUGAAUAUUCAAGCUCAUUCGCCGACACCACUUCUGGAAAUGGGAAUAGUUCUGAAUUGAGUGGUGCCGAAGUUGAAUCGCAGUUUUUCGGCGACAAUGAUGUGAUGCCACCAUAUGAUGCAUUUAAUGGUAUAUUUCCAAUGAGGAAGAAAAAGUUGACUACUCACUGGAGAAACUUCAUACGUCCUCUGAUGUGGCGGUGCAAAUGGGCAGAAUUAAGAAUAAAGGAAUUAGAGUCACAGGCAUCAAAGUAUGACAGGUGUAUCGCAGCACAUGAACGAAAAAAACAUAUGUCAAUAGAUCAAGGAACAGUUGAACAAUCUGGCUUAAGGUCGUUACCAUUUAAAUCCCAAUAUCGUAGAAAAGGGCCAAUGAAGAGAAGAAAACGGAAGAGAUUGGAAGAUACAACUGAUAUUGCAUCAUAUAUGACAAAUCAUAUUCUUUUCUCUGGUCAUGAAAAUAAGUGGAAUGAUGUGGACGGAACUCCUAUAAGUGAUGACUUUGGUAUCCAAGAUCAGAAUAACAGUGGCUAUGAUGAGUCUGGAUUUCAUGAUGAUUGUUCAUUUCUUGAAGAAAAGGACAAUGACCUCGAGCAUAUCCUUCACAAGAUUGGUUUAGUGCAUACUCGGGUUCAAAAAAUGAAGGCUCGACUUGAUUCUACGAUGGUGAAAAAUGCCGCAAAAUUUUCUUCGUCUGAAAACUUGAGCCAGCUUGUGGCAUAUGAUGCUCAAACGAGCUCUAUCCGUAGCCCUACAUUCUCUGCUUGCAAUGGAGACACAGUUUCAGUCGGAGGUCUGCAUAUGCCAACUCAGCACUUGUCAUUCUAUGAUCUAGGGGACUUUAUUAUGCCUGACGCAGUGUCAAGCUACGGAGAGGCCAUUCCAGUUCCUGAUAUAAUUGAAAGUACAGUUGGCUUAUUGUCAUCUGUUGAUGUCACCCAGCAUCAGGCACAAGUCGGUGAUUCUUCUGAAAGAAUUGUGGAUAACAUACUACAUAAUGAGGGGGUUGAAGUGGAGGGGCCAGCUUCCGAAAAUAAUCAUGGUGAAUCUGCAGAGAAGUCUCAAGAUGGUGAAAAUAGUGAAAAAGAAGACAGCAAUAAUGCAGCCCUUCCCGAAUUAGAUACUGAUGCAGGAGGAGAAACUUCUGUAUCUCAAGAACAAUCAAUUCUGAAGUCACGCUUAGCUUCAGAGAUACAUUUUCCUAAAAAUAAAAGAAAGCGAGGAGAGCGUAAAGCUGGAACUGGUAAUUGGAGUCGACAACGAACAAGUGAACCUGACAGCCAAUGA